AUGCCUUUGCCGUGUAUUGCCAGACGCCACACGCAAUCUGCGCACAGGAGAGUCAUUGUGAUGAUUUCAAAAGUGCGGCUGUGGUUUAUGGAAGAGACUUCAGCUGACCUCAUGACCAAGAUGAAGACUCUUGCAGUGCUCAAACUCAACGACAGCAACCAUCUGGAAUUUGCCGGUGCACUCAUCUCCACCAUGUUGGGAAAGCGGGAAAUCCUGCCAAUCAUUAUGCCGACUGGCAAGAACACGGGUUCGAUUGGAAACAAGACGACAAGUACAGUUCAAAGCCUCACCGUUGCAGCGGAAGCUGAGCACAGCUGA